AUGGGGUUUGGUCAUCUUCUUGGUAUUACUUUGAAUAAGCUGCCCAGAGAUUUAUGUCUGGAGUUGAUUCAUGCAUAUGACCCCCCAAGUAAACAAAUUACCAUAAGGGGGAAGACAAAGAAGGUCACGUGUACAGAUGUUAGGAGGGUUCUUGGGUUACCAGAUAAGGGCUCCAAAGUGAAGUUGGAUGGCUUCAAGGAUGAAGUAAAUGAGCUGAAGAAGGACUAUACUCCAUUGACAUAUUCUCAAAUUGCGGAGAAGAUAAAGAGUGAUGAAGAAGAUGGAAACUUUGAAUUCUAUUUUGUUCUUUUUACAGUGGGCACUCUUCUUUGUCCCACGGGAAGUGCAAGUGUGAGUGACAAGGUGCUAAAAGUAAUGGCUUGCACAGAAAAUAACUGGAAAAAAUUUGACUGGGCUUCCUUUGUGCUUGACAAGCUCAGUGAGGAAAUUAAACGGUACAAUAGGAGCAGUAAGGAAGGACAGACCGAGAGUGCCAGAGUCGUCGGAGAGUGCAUCUACUUUUUAUUGUUGCACUUCCUGCAAAGGUUCCCUCUACAGGGAGGUGAACCAAAAGACAAAGACGUCGUCAGACAUUGGGAUGAUAAGGCUGUGAAGAGGAGAAUUGAUGCGGAAAAGGAGAGUCGACAUGGCAUUUUCUACAGUCCACCCGCUGCUGAAGUGAAUGAGUCAACACAACCGGGGAGCAGUACAAGUUUCCAUCAUCCGGUGAGUAAUACCAAUGUGAUAAUGUCUGUUGCAAGAAGAAGAAGAAGAAGAAGAGAGGAAGAUGAAGACGAGAACGACAAUGUGAGAGAAGAUGAAGCUGCAGAUAAGGAUACUGAAGAUGAACAGGCAGCUCAAACGGAAGAAGGGAAAAUGGUGGGCAAAGCAGUGCAGCUACCCACAAGGAGGUCAAGUAGACGUAAAGUCCUAGUAGUUAAAUCUCCUUACAUGUCUACUUAUGGCAGAAAGGUGAAAAUGAGUGACAGGGAUGCAUUUUAUACUGUGUGUACUGAGGUCAUGGUAGAUAUGUUUGGGCAUUUGGCAACACGAUCAGACCUACAAGUACUGGGUCCUAGAAGGUGGAUAAGCAACAGGAUCAUGACUCUGAUUGCCCACACCUUGAACGCUGACCAACAUGAGAGUGCCUCUGCGGUUAAAAGACACAUAUUUGAUGCAGAUUUCACGGCAAGGAUGGUGCAACAACACACAGCAUGGCAAGUGGACAAACACCUGAAAGAACUACUUCCCCAACACGUGGGAUACAAUUUGGCUGAAUGUGAAUACAUAUUUGCACCUGUUGUGUUUGCACUGCAUUGGUUUUGCUUUGUGUUUGAACCGAGCACACUAAAGUUUUAUGUGCUGGACUCUCUGCGUGGUGGUGAGGAUACAAUGAAGCACCAAAAGAAGAAGAAUAAGUCUGAUCCAGCAUUAAAGGGGCAGCAAAUCAUGGCGCAAACUUUUAGGGCACACUUCAUUGAAAUACUAAGGAGAGUGAAGCCUGAGCUGGAGGGGUUGGCCAACCCAGAUUCAAACAAUGACAUCUUGUAUCCCACGGUUCAUGUUCAAGACAAUACUGAUGAUUGUGGGGUUCAUGUCAUCACAUAUCUAAGAGAGUGGCCCAACCACAAGAGAAGGAUGGAGUUCUAUUCACCAUGCCUUAUUAUACAGCAGUAG